AUCAGAUCAGAUCGGCCCCUGAAAGAAUUCUAGAAGAAACCUGAAUGUGCCGAGCCUGAAUCCCCCGGCUGCAAUCAGCACGCCAAGCCUCCAAGCUCCGCCGCACCACCCUCGGCGUCGGCGAUGAUGCCCUCCACCUUCUCCUCGUCGGAGAGAGACCCUCCUUUGCUCCUCCAAUCCGCUGGUCGGUGCAUGCAGUCCCUCACAGCGAAUAUUCUCUCUAAUUUGCCCUUCGCCGCACUCCUCCCCAACCGCGUCAACACCCAUUCCAACAUCACGCCGCCGCCUCCAUCCCCGCUUUCAGUCGUUACUGUACCUGUACUGCUGUCCUCUUCCUCCCCACCCUCUUCGUUAUAUUCUCUUGGACAGAACCAGAACCUAGCCUUGCCCUCGUGCUCGAUAAGGAGCUUUUCAUCGAGCGUUGGAGUCGAUGGACUCGGCUCUAGCCGAAAGGGAGGGGGUGGCGGAGGACCCGCUUUUGUUGGACAGGUAUUCAGCAUGCUCGAUCGCUCGGGCAAUGGCCUUAUGGCCGUCACCACGCAUUUCGACAUCCCUUUCGUCACUAAAAGGGCGCCUGAUUGGGUUAAGAAGUUAUUUGCAAGGGUCACCAAGAAUGAAGCAAAUGGACCAGUUUUCCGCUUUUUUAUGGAUUUAAGUGAUGCAAUUACCUAUGUCAAAAAGGUGAAUGUUCCAACUGGCAUCGUGGGUGGUUGCCGCCUUGAUGUAGCAUAUGAACACUUCAAGGAGAAGCCUCACAUGUUUCAAUUUGUUCCAAAUAAGGAGCAGGUUAAAGCAGCUAAUAAAUUACUGCGCACAAUUCCAACAAAAGGGGAAAGAAGAAAAGUUAACGGAGUUCCUGUUUUUACAGCAGAUAAUUUGAACAUUGCUAUAGCAACAGCUGAUGGUAUCAAAUGGUAUACACCAUACUUUUUUGAUAAGAACUUACUGGAUAACAUUCUGGAAGCAUCAAUCGAUCAGCAUUUCCACACAUUAAUUCACAACCGUCAUAUGCAACGGAGGCGGGACAUUGUAGAUGAUGGCCUCACUGCAGAAGUCGAGGAAAAUAUUGAUAGCUUAUUUGAGCCUCAUGAGGUUCAAGAAUUUUUGGAUGAGAUGGGUCAUCCUGGAGUACCUAUUAGUGUUAUAUCAAAGGCUGCAGAGAUCCAACUCCUUGAUGUUGUUGAUAAAGCACUACUAGGAAAUAAGUGGUUGAGGAAAGCCACUGGUAUUCAGCCAAAGCUUCCUUAUCUAGUCGAUUCUUUUGAAGAGAGGAGCGCGGCUUGUUUCCGGAAGCCUUCUACGUCUUCCAGUUCUCCUACUAAUCCCCAAAUUCUCCAGCAAAAUGAUGAAAAAUUGGAUCCUUUUGCUUCCCAUACUGAUUCAAGUGAAACUACUCAGGGAGAUGAUUCCCGGUCAAUAAAUUUAAUGAACUAUCUGUUUCCAUUUGGAGAUUGGUUCUUAAAUCCAUGGUCAAUGCUUCAGCGAAGACACCAAAAAUCUAAAAGCCAUAUAUCGAAUCCAAGAAUUAUGCAAUCUGAUGAGAACGAUAUAAAUCAAAUUCCCCCGAAUCCUCUUCUUCCUAAGAUCACAAUGGUCGGCGUGUCGAUGGGCGAAGGAGGUCAGAUGAACAGGGCUAACUUGAAGAAGACCAUGGAAGAUUUGACCAAGGAGUUGGAGGAGGCAAAUCUAGCAUCAGGAAGCUGCAGUAAAGGUAGGGAUCCUUUAUUUGUUGCGAAUGUCGGAGGCUAUUCGAGUAUCACCAGGAUGAACUAGCCAUAAGAAACACAUGAAGAAAAAGAUCUGCACAUGUUAUGAUUGAUCCAUGUUUUUUUCUUUUCUUUUUUUUCUUUUUAUAGGAAGGUCUUUUCAAGUUUGGUUAUGUGAUAGAAUUGACAAAUAAAUUAGAUGUAAAAUUAGAUGUGAAGUCUUGCAUAUGUAGUGGAAUUGCGAUUAAAUUUGCCUAAAAAUCUUGAA